AUGACUCCUACUCUGAGAAAUGUAGGUUUUAUUCAAUGCGGCUUUCCCCAUGUUCCAAACGGACAUACUGGAGAAGAUGGCAAUAUGGUUGAGAAAGCUACCAGUAUUUUCACCAGGACACCAAAGCCUAUCUCCGGAGGACUCAUUCAAAUGUUUUCAUCUGCUCCAACAAAUCCAGGCAAAAAUACAGGAUCUGGUCCACACCAUGAUGAUAAACCAGGAAGCAAGAAGGGUACAGGAAAACCAGCCAAGGAUACAGGAUCUGAUCCAAAGAAUCUCCAUGAAGAACGAGAAGCAAAAGAUAGCUAGAAGAUUUAGCAUAGAUGUAUGCAUAGAGUAGAGUAUAAGUGCACUUGGUGUUAGUUAUAAUUUAGGUUGUGUUAGUUUUCUCUAGCUCUGCUUAAGGAUCACAUGCUUGUCAAACUGCUUUAAGUCUUACAAAGAUAUCAUAAGUCAAUGUUCUGGUAAAGUGCAGAAUGAUGUGUCUUGAUUGUUCUGCCACAUAUUUAGCAAGCCUUGUAAUGUUGAAUUACAUUCGUAUAUGUUCCUUGUUAUUUAAAACGAUAUUGUAAGAUAUAUAACUAUUGCAUUUAACCUGA